AACAAGGGAAAAUUGUUUUGAUUUUGUGAAAGAUGGUAAUUCGUGUAGCUUAUUAGUUAGGCUUUUCUCAUUAAAGAUUUACAAUAGUCCGCGAAUACUUAUACACACAAAUUAUCGUUGUAAAACAAGCUGAGAAAUGCAUUGGAAAAUACAUUCUCUUUUCUAUUUCUCUCGUGUCAGACUUUUAAAAAGGCAAGGAAAAAGGCGCCGAAACAUUACCGCUCGAUAUUCACACCAACAGGUCAGAACAUUCAAGAACACACACAUUCAUGACGUAAGGCCACAAAGUCGAGUGUGUCGACUUAAGAAUGUAGUGUGUGCUGGAUGAAAACGAAGUACAGAUGUCGGGGCGGUGGAAAUAGCAUAAAUCAAUGGAUGUUCCUGGGGCGCUGUCUUCAGUCCUCCGUUGUUGACAAACGGAGGAUAACCUAAAUAUGGAGCUUCUCUUUGUCAUUCGCUUUGAUAGGUUCAUGAAUCUUCAGUCCUCCGUUGUUGACAAACGGAGGAUAACUUAAAUAUGGAGCUUCUCUUUGUCAUUCGCUUUGGUAGGCUCAUAGAAUUAUAGAGCUUUAACCUUUAUAGGCCUGCAUAAACUACCUUUGUUCAAUUAAACUAGAUACCCGACGCUGUUGUCGAAGAAGAUCUCACAAUUCCGCAAUUCCGUCAUGAUUGCAACAUCAAAUUUUUUCCAAACCACCUAUUGAUUUUCUUUUGAGCAAAUCUCUCUUUUUACAGUCAAACUCUGAAAUGUCACUAUGAUUCAAAUAUCGACCACGUGUUCACAAACACUUAAUACCAAAGAACUGUCUAAAACAACUUUCAUUGGGGUGCUUCACAAUUUUUGGUCGACUUCAAUUUACUUCAGGAGCGCUUGCCUGUGGGCGAAAAAGACAUGAGAACGCUUAUUUUUUUGUGGCCCCUAUUUUCAAUUGUGUCAACCGGAGAAUUCGACCCGAGUACAAAAGGGAAUAGCGACCCCGGCACAUUGCAAUUUCUGCUACCAGGGAAUCUGCUACGUAUACUUCGAGCGAUCAGGCUACAUAGAUAUACUGUCUGAGCUGCGCUGACUAUGAAGCCACUUGAUGGGGCCUUGGUGCGGACAUUGGGAGAACUUGGGACAUUGGUAUGUGCUAUAUAAUACAAAGCGUUAUGGAGUGAAGAACAUUUUCUGUAUUAGAAAAGUAGUCGCUCACUAGGGUAACCGUUUACAGAGGGACCACUCUAAGUUUAUUCACGUUGAUUGUAUGAAUGAGUGCUAAGGGGGCGCAGGCUCAUUGCCUAGCCAUUGCGUUUUAUUUAUAUCACCCUUUAUCUGCUUAUCCCAUUUGGUGUCGUAAAAAGACGCCAUGUCUGAUAUUUAAACGCAAGCCAUUUGUACGGCUCAAUUACACCGGCUGGUAAGUUAUUAUGUGAGAGUGAAUACUCUCCCUAAGGUCCAACCGACACUACAGAAACGUCUUUACUUGUAUCACUGUUGAUGCAGUUCUUUUCUUCUGAUUUCUCGACAUUUCUUUAGCACUUAAGGAAUUUCCGACAGACUCACCCAACUCCGUCAACACAGCGAUUAUAACUGGUCCAGGAGAGUGAGUAAUUACGAGGAUUUAACCACUUAUGACGUCAUGACGGGGUUAUUAGUUAGAUCGGAGUGCGCGGCGAAGAGAGUUCGUUAUUAAACCGUCCCAUGAGAAGAUCCGAAAUGAGAUUUUGAAGAGUCUAAUGAAAAGGCGAGGAUCAUGACCGAAAAAUCAUCGAAUUUUACCAAACCUCUCUCGCUAGCUAUCGGACGAGCGACCGGCGUUUUCAGUCGACCAAAACUCCAAAGACGAGCGUUAACGGCGCACGCCGCGACCGAACUUCUGUCAGCAGCCACACUCAGUAACACUCUACUGGACUUGAAGCCUAAUGAGAGGGAGAAUGGAGCCCGAGAAUACGAGGAGAACUCGGAGGAGAAAGACAUUGAGGUCUCUUUAUUGCUGUCGCCGAGAUUGCGUGCGACCACAUGGCAUGGAAGCGGGAGCAUCACGCCGACACAAAACGGAGGGUCACCAAUCAGGCGCAGCAGCGACAGCACAAAACACGAGGGCAACGACGCAGAUAGAACACUAGAUCAAACCGUCAAAGAAAUUCGCAGCUUAAAACUAAAGGCGAUCAUUGCGGAGAUGCUGAAUGCCCAUUUACAGAAUGUAGAGUAUAAUCACAGGUUGUGCUGCGAAAAGGGCCGUCUGAUCAGUCAGGCGAUCGAGAGAAGCGUCAAGUCGUUAAACUGUUGUCAGUACAAGGUGACAGCCCUCGUGUUUAUAGGCGCCGUACGCGAUAAGGGGAUCGAGCUGGCGAGCCAGUGCGCUUGGGACCCAGACACGGAUUACUUUGCGAUGGCGACCUUCACAAAUGAAACUUUGUUUGCGUCGGGAAUAGUUUUUGCCACCGUGUUUGAAUAAUCGAGUAUUUGAAACGGAUAUAAAGGUCAAUUAGAGAGAAUGUCGUCACCACUACGCAAUUCCGACUCAUGCCAGGCGUUGUAUUUUUUAGAACGUAUUCGUUUUGAAGUUUUAUGGAAGGGGGUUUAGUUGUUUAUGUAACGAAAGCAAUCAGUGCUUGGAAAAGCAAUUAAACGGUUGUUGACAAUACUUUAUUGCCCUCUAUAAUGGAAAAGUGUCUUUGUUUGUUCAGGACUAAAAAAGAACCGUCGGUGACAGCCUUAUGCUAUUUUUAUUGCCUGAAUAAAUCCGUCAUCAAUGGUGGACAUGUUCAGAAAUCGUCGCUCUCUAGAGAGCUGUGUUAUAAUUAUAAACAUUCUUGAUCA